AUGAUAACCCGCGCCCCGCGGCCCCAGCUCGGAGUAGAAACAGAAUGGUUUUUAGUCAGUAAGAGUCUGACUGUACCUCUCUCCCCACUCUGGGUGGUAGAGUUCAUUAGUGUUCACGUGUACGUAGAUGUAGGAGGCGACCUGUAUACAUAUAGCGCCGCGGGGCAGCGUCGCGGCGGCGCGCGGCAGUGUCGGCGCGACCCGGCCGCAGCGCGACGCUCCGCCUCCAUGUCGCUGUUCUUCAAGUUCAGGAGCAGCGUGAGUACCUUGCCGAUACCAGCGCAGGGUGGGGUUGAAGUUGUGAGAGUGGGGGGUGCGGCCGGGGCUCGGGCUGACUCGGGCAGUCGGGCUACUCCUCGCGCAGCCCUGCCUCAGCCUCGGCUGCCCGAUGCCUACAGCCGCGCCGCCGCCCGGGCUGAAAAAUUAGAUAUUUUUGUAUUAUCUAGUUAA